CUUCGCACUGGCGCCGUUUUCGCGUCACUCGGUAAGCUAAAACCGGCCCAGCGACUGUAAGCGACAGAGGCGCGUUAGCGCCACCGACACCUCCGGUUCCGAGCGUCGAGCGGAAUAAGGAAAAAAAGAAAGAAAGAGAAGAACCUCCUGGGCAGAGAAUGCGUUCCUACGACGUUAUCGCGACUCUGCGUGCUUUUGUGAUCGUUCGUGUGUGUGUGUGAGACCCAUACUCCGGACAUCUCAGUGGUGGCGGGCCUUGUAGCGCCAACAGGAUCGCCUGUCACUUUGUGGUCACUCAGUGCCGUUCGGGACCGUCACCCAAGUUGGUCUCCUACAGCAGGUGGACCGUGCUCGUCGCACACUCUUCUCCAAAAAAACUGAUCGCGAUCUCGGAGGAAGAUGUUGAACUGGUUCCGCGAGGGAACGCCCGAGUUGGAUGCAGAGUCUGCGGCCAUCGAGGAUGUGUUGCAGUGCCUGGCCCGGGGCAUGCGCCUCUACAAGGUGCGCUCCGUCAAAAAGGUCUACCGUCGCCGCUACCAGCUUCUCCUGGACAACAUGCACCUCGUGUACAGACGCUCCAGGAAGCCCUUCUUCGUCGCCAGGAAGCCCCACGUGGACAUCUUCGAGGUCGAGGAGGUGCGCCAGGGCUGGAAGACGGACGUGUUCAACGGCGUGGAGCGAAAGUACCAGCGUGGCGCUCGCUCCCGUUACCUCCCUUUCAGCGUCGACAUGAGAGAGGACCGCUGCUUCUCACUCAUCUUGUCGCCCAAGCACGAGACUCUCGACCUGGUCGCCCGCACCCCGAACGAGUGCGAGCUAUGGGUGCGCGGCCUGCGCCACCUGGUGGCCAACUGCAAGAACACGCGCAGGGACCAAGAAUACGAGAGGUGGCUGCGGGAUCAGUUUCAGAAAGCUGACGUCAACAAAAGCGGCUCUCUGAACUUCCAAGAAUGUCAGGGUCUUCUCAAGCAACUCAAUAUCACCAUGGACAAACGUCACUGCCAAGCUCUCUUCCAUGCUGCCAAUUUCAAGAAGCACAGAGUAAACGGAGAAGACGUGCUGGACCGAGACGAGUUUGUAGCCUUCUACCACAGCCUUCUGUCACGGCCUGACAUAGACGCCAUCUUUAAAACGUUUGCUGGCCACAGCAUGAACGUCAUGGGACCUGAACAGCUGCUAAAGUUCCUGACUCAAGAACAGAAGGUGAAUGUGUCCCUUGCCGAUUGCAAGAGAAUCAUCGAGAAGUAUGAACCAGACAAGCACAAGCCACAAGGCUUCCUUGGAAUUGCAGGUUUUCGCGAGAUGCUUCUUUCGGAAGAGCACGACAUAUUUGACGCCAAGCACCGGCAAGUCUGCCAGGACAUGAACCAGCCGCUGAAUCACUAUUACAUAGCGUCUUCCCACAACACGUACCUAGUCCAGGGGCAGCUCGUUGGAAGCAGUAGCGUUGAGGGCUACAUCAGGGCACUGAAGAAAGGAUGCCGCUGCCUGGAGCUGGAUGUCUGGGACGGACCUGAUGACGAGCCCAUCGUUUACCACGGCUACACUCUCACCACCAAGAUACUCUUCAGGGACGUCCUCGAAUCGGUCAACCUUUACGCCUUUAGAGAGUCACAGUACCCCGUCAUAUUGUCCCUCGAGAACCACUGUACUCUUGAGCAGCAGAAAGUGAUGGCCAAGCAUCUAGUCGAAAUACUGGGCUCUUUAUUGUACAAGAGGCCAGUCGGUGACAGAGAAACGGCAAUGCCACCACCAUCAGCACUGCUGAAUAAAGUUCUCAUAAAGGGCAAGAAGCUAAACAAAGACCUCUCCUUGGAUGAGGAUGAGGAUAGCGAAGAUGAAGGCACUGCAGCCAAAACCUCACACAAAGCUGUCCUAGCCAAGGAGCUUUCGGACUGUGUCAACUACUGCAAGGCAACACAUUUCAAGUCAUUCGAAGAGGCCGAAAAUUGGCACUUCAAUGAAAUGGCCUCCUUCAGCGAAGUCAAGGCCAGCAAGAUCUCAUCGACGCCAGAAGGGGCGCAGAGUUUUGUUCGCCACAACAGCAAGCAUCUCUCCAGGAUAUACCCCAAGGGAACCCGGACAGACUCGAGCAACUAUGACCCCAUCAAAUUCUGGAACGUCGGCUGCCAAAUUGUGGCAUUGAAUUACCAAAGCUGGGACCAGAAAAUGUUCUUCAACGAGGCAAAGUUCUCUUUGAACGGUCGCUGCGGUUACGUGCUCAUGCCAGAGUUCCUCCGAAAGGGAAAUUUCAGGAUGGAUUCUCCCGACCCGUCUCUCAAGAAGACUCUCGUUCUGAGGAUAAUCAGCGGCCAGCAGCUUCCCAAGCCUCUUGAGACCACGGAUGGGGAAAUCGUCGAUCCUUAUGUUGUGGUCAAAGUAUUCGGACACCCUCUCGACAAUCAGAAGGUCAAGACACGGUUCGUCAGGAAUAAUGGCUUCAACCCAACGUGGGACGAGAAAUUCGAGCUGCCGGUACACGUCCCCGAGCUGGCCAUGUUGGCGUUCACAGUGAAGGACGAGAGCCGCACGGGCAAGAACAUGAAGCUGGCUAAAUUUGCCGUUCCCUUGGAUGCAGUGUGCGAGGGUUAUCGCCAUGUGCGGCUCUACAACAACGCCUUCAUCUCUCUGGUGCCGGCAAGCUUAUUUGUGCACGUCAGCUUCCGCAAACCCUGAUCGUGUGCAUCGUCGUGAACUGCCGCUGCGAAGGACGUCCUCCUCGAAGCACAUUGUGGGCUCUGCUAGCCUCAAUUGUCAUUGCCAUUUACAGUACACUCAAACCUCUCUACAACAAAGUUGCAUCUUACAUGAAAAUAAGUUCGUUAUAUCCAGAAACCUUUUAUAAAGGUGUAUUCCUAGCACUAUACUGCAAGAAUAUUUUUCAUUUAUGUUUGUUAUAAGCGAUGUUUCGUUAUAUUAAGGUUUGAGUGUAUAUGUCUUUUUACGACUUGCCUGUGUAUAUGCCAAAUCAGUAGUCUUGCAUGCUGUAAUAAGGUUGCUUUUUGGACUAACAGAUAACUGCCGGAUAGCCUGUUCUGCACCAUAAACUAUGGUUUUCCAUGUGCACUCGAUUUUCUUUCGCCAAAGUACCGUCAGCAGCAAAAGUUUGCGGGAUCUCCAACACGAGACAGAGGGACGCUAAACUGCACUGCUGCUCCAUCUAUCACAACCGUGUCUGAUGUCGAGGCUCAAGGCAGUUCCGCAACAGUUAUUCUUUGCGCAUGUCUGUCCCUUCUUCAAUGUUAGAGGCAUGUCUCAUCACCUGACUUCUUGCGAUAUGCUUUUGACUCGCAUUAUAGACGCUAAAGUAUUAUCGACCCUAAAGCAUCUUCGCGCAUCUGUGUCAGAUGUUUGAUGGUGAACAGAGAACCCUAGCAUCUCUUGCAUAAUAUGCUAUAUUUUCUGAAUAAAUGUCAUCUUCCAUGACACAUAGCCAGAGAAAAAAGCAUUAAUUUUUUGUUGAUAAUGCAAGCACCGAUACGCUGUCAUUGUAACUUACAAGUCCUGUUCAUCUUUCUGAUAACGCAAGCAUCAAUAAGCUGUCAUUGUAACUUAAUAUUAAUAUUUAUCCUACAGAAAGCACAACUAGCAUGCUUCCUGGGAGGCUUAUUUCUUCAGAGAACGUAGCAUGAAGUGUUAAAGGAGCACUGACACUAAAUUUACUCAUGUCAAGAUUUUUGCGUCAAUGAGUAGCUAUUGACUCCCUAGUAGCUAUUCGCGAAAUAAAAUUCAACUGAGGGACGAAUAACUACCACUUUUAUUGAUUUAUAUUACUGGUAUCUAGCACGAUCCAAACGGCCAGGGAGCCCGCCAUUUUUAGCACUAGGAGCACUUCCUCACGGUCGCUUCCAGACCACGCCACAGACGACCACUUCUCGACAGAAGAUAGUGACAUGAGGCUCAGCUGCUUCGCAAACAUUUUGUCUCCUAGGCACACACAUUAAGUCAUGCUCUGUCACCUGCAUUGUCGUCGUCACUGUACGAAGUGUCGGCUAGGGUUGUAUACGACAGUCUGGAACUUGGAAUUGCCGCGAAUCAUUUUUGCUUGGAUCAACCCUUUGUAGGACAGCGAUCUCAAAAUAGAUGCCGGAUAAUUAAUCAAGGACAGGUAUUCACCAGAGCAUGCCUGGAACACGCUAGUAGUGCUGCAAUAGUCGCAGUACCACUGGCUUCGAAACCGGGCACAAAUGUAGAAGAUGACGCAGCUGCGCAGUUUUGUUUUGCUACUCCACACAGUGGAGGCCUGCAAACUUUCGCUACUGACAGCACUUUCUUCACACAUGACUAGCUCAAGAAGGUCCAUCUUGGUGCACUUGAGAAGUUGCAGUGAAAUCGAAGGAAAGCUUUGAAGCCAUGACAUGUACCCACUUACAGGUGCUAUAUUGCCUAAUCGCACAAGUUUCAUACUGGUGAGAAGGCUGCAGGGCUUCUCACAUUAUGCGACAGUUAUUUCGAUCGCAUAGUCUCGUGAAACUUUUAAAAAAGUAUAUAGCUGGGAUGUUGCUUAAGAAAAUGUAAGCUUUCUUUUUUUUUUUUUUCACGAAAGACUCGAAGGAAAUCUAGUGGGUGGCUUGUCUUCACAGCAACCUGUUGGCCUGCUGGAUAAUUUUUAGGUAAGGUAAUUAUAGGUAUAUAGUAAGGGGUUUAUAGGUAAGGUUGGCCGAUUUAUAGGUAAAGUCCUCUUGUCCAUUUUAUAGGUAAUCAAAUCGGCAUCCAUGUUUAAUUACUCUUACAGUUUCUCUCAACCCAGCUAGAUUGGAAGACGAUGGCGAUUUAAUCUACUCAUGCAGGCUUUGGCCUAACUGGAGCUUGGUCAUUAUUCCCACCAACUUAGCAAUUACUUAACCAGGGAUGGGCUGGUAUACCAAACCAGGCGGUACUGAAACUAGGUAUAGCCAGCUGAGAUGGAGUUCAUAAUAAAUAUAUAUAAUUUAGAAAGAACUAUGUGGAAAGGUUGUUGUAUUUCUCUAUGAUGCACCUUUCUAUGAAAUCAUUGUUUUAUGGUGGUGCCUUAAUUUUAUGUUGCACACUCAUUCUAAUCAUUGUGCCUUUACGCUGCCCCGUAUGCUCACUGUGCUAACAGGCCACAGCGAGUAACACAUGAUGCACAGAUUUAAAUUUCACUUAAACAUUUUCGUAAACUAGAGCACGCAUUCUUCUAAUUGCGUGAUACCUUCACUAAUUCAGCAGGCUGAACUUUAUACUACCAUGAAAAUGGUGCUCGCUGUUUUUCUGAAAUUUUUUUGGAAAAUGUAAAGGAAAAUAAAUUUUCAAGGGGUUUUGUUAUACAGAACAUUUUGGUGGAUUUUCUCCACUAUGGUCACAUUAGCUUGUCGAUGUGUAUACUACCAGAUUGGCUGAUGACAUAUGUGACCUACCAUAAGCUACAGUUUGGAAUUUUAGGCUGCCCUGAGGACUAAGCUUACUGAAUUUACAUUUCAUAAGUACUAGGAAAUGACAGAGCGCACACAUUUUGAGAUGCUUGCUUACUCAACUUUGUUACGCAUUAGUUAAACUGCAGAAAGUGAGUUUUGCUUGCCAAAGUAACCCGGUUCUGCACCCUACAGAAUAAAAGUCUUGCUGCAGUGUUCAAAGCAGCAAAUUUAUGUCGUUUAUGUUAAUGUACUGUUUCUCUAACUGCUAUUUUCACUAUUAAAGAGGCCCUGCAAUACUUUUUCAGCAUAGUCAAAAACUCUGCCAACUGGUGGUCAAGCAAUCUGAGAGCAUGGAAGCCAAACAUUGUGGCACCAUGUGGUGUUGAAUUUGCAAUUAAUGUUUAAAAUCAGCUAGAAAUCCAUCUUUCUUUAUGUAAGUGAUGCAAUGCACCCAAAUGACUGCAUUAUAUACUCAAAAUCACUACCCUUGGCCGAUUUGAGCAUCAUGAGCUCCAUAGUUAUCAAGGCUGCCACAGGAGGGCGCCACGUGCCCACAUGUGCUCGCGAUCACGCUGAAAGUAAGGCAUGCAUUUGAAUAAAGAAAAAGUGCUCAAGGUCAUAGUGUGCAUGUGACAUAACUUCUUUCUUCCACGUCAUCCUCCUUGCUUAUCUUCCAGUACACUUGUCUGGACGAGAGAGGAUAGAAAGAAAUUGCAGCGUGCAACAAAAAUUUGUAACUCUGCUUCUACUUGACCGAAUCUAAAAUUUUUUGCGUGGUAAAUUAGUGAGACAAUAAGUUCUAUUAAUGAAGCUGUUCUAUGGCUACUUGGAAAAGUGUUGCAAAGCCUCUUUAACGCAUGGCUGCUAAAAACUUUUGUAUAUAUAAAUGAACAGAAUGUAUAUAAAUGCAGGAGGGUCUUUUUUUUUUUCCUUUGGAUUUUCAUUAGUUUGGAAAGUACGUGUAAUCGUAACAUUGCAACGUUCACAGAGUGGACAUCUUGAUGCUUUGUUGCAGGACAGCCAAAACACGACAUUGAGUGUAAGCACUGACCAAUGUAUCUUAGCGAAAUGCUAGUUGAGGCAGUGAACGGUCCGAAAAACAUUAGAAUGGGCAUUUUUCAAUGAGUGAGUAACAUGAGUAAAUUGUAUCUUAGUAGCUAAGGAAUGACUGCCAAGCUGUGGUCUCCUGUUUAAGUACUGGAUGAUACUUGCCUCACAGUGCUUGUUCAUUUGUAUCACAUGACGAGCUUUUGCAAUACCAUUGUUAAUUAUGCAUGUCAUUCUUCUCUCAAGUGGUAUAGUCUAUAGUAUGCUUGUCAGUUUGUGCCAAAAACAAAUGCGUGUAAUGUACAACAUUAUAUGCUGCCCUCCUGGCCAAGUCUGGAUCUACUGUACAUUUUGUCUUUAUAAUUAUGUAAUGGUUUCUUGUGGCAUGUGGAAAGCAACUGCAAGCACUAUAUGUCCCGCUAAUGCUGCAAAGCUUGAUUUAUUCAAGUACAAACAUUGUGCGAGUUGAUUUAUUGUUCAACUGCCUUUUGAAAUGACAAGGUGAAUGGUGUGUGUAAAAUUGAUCACAGUACACUUUGUGUGAGUUAUGCAGUUUUAUUGGUACAGUUACGAUUACGCUGUUAUCCUUAUAAAAAAAAUUGCAGACUAAAUAAUGGCAUACGUUUGGUGCCAUAAUUUUUUUUCUCAGGACUUCACUGCCUGAAUGAUGUUCUCUAAACAAAUAUACUACAUGCUGCUUUACAUUGCAGGAAAAGCAAUUCUUGGUAUUUACAGACAAAAAUAAAGUUGCGCAUUUUACCUAUCCAACACCCCCUUUUUUUUUACUACACGGAUAAAGCAUUGCAUGUGCCAAAAAACCUCUUGUGGUGUAUUAAUUCGCAAUCACCAUGCAUUCAAUCAAGAUGAUCUUUUUUUGUAAUAUUUUAAACUGCUUCUGAAGUGGCUUUAGGUAUUCAUUAUAUUGAAUGAGUGAAUGGACAUGCUGCGUGCCAAGAUUUUGGAAGCGAAUGUGGGAAGCUUGUCUUAUGUUUUUUUGUUUGUGUGUGUGUGUGUGCGUGUGUGUGUGUGUGUGUGUGUGAAUUGUCAAAGCUUGCACCCUCAUACUUGUAAAUGUCAAUGUGAUCACUUGUCUUGAAUAAAAUGUGCCAGUGUUUACCUGUAAA